GUCAUCUUGCCCUAUCUCCAAAGGGCACGGUUGGAGUCGAUUAGGCAUUUCGUAGGCAUAAAAGUUGAUCGCCAACUCAUCACCGCAUUGGUUGAGAGAUGGAGAAAGGAGACACAUUGUUUCAACUUUCGCGAAGGAGAGUGCACCAGCACACUCAAGGACGUCGCCAUCCUAACUCAUCUGCCUAUCGACGGCAAAGCGGUGUGUGUGAGUGAUCAUCCCCCCGAGGAUCGUGACGGUAUGACCGGUUGGCAGUAUUUCAUCCACAGUGUUUUGGGGGUGAAUGUACCAACCAAGGGGAGUGUUGAUGCGACGGAUCGCUUGCCACCAUUGAGGAAAGGCCAAGUAUCAAUCACUUGGUUGACGAAGUAUUUUAGGGACCAUCACGAUCCUGAAAAAGAUGGGGUGCCCCUAACCGAGGAAAGUCCGGAGCUGGAGAAGGAAAUAUAUGCUCGUGUCUAUCUCAUAGGCAUGAUAGGAGGAGUGUUCUUCUCCAAAAAAUCGAGCAAUUUAAUUAGCUGUGGAUGGCUUAGGAUCCUCCUUGGUAGUUGGGAUGUGAUGGGGGAGUUGAGCUGGGCAUCCGCUUGCCUAGCUAAUAUCUACCACCAUUUGUGCAACGCAUCUCUCAAAGCUGUGAGGGAGGUCGGCGGCGCAAUGUUCAUCGUCCAGUUUUGGGAUUGGGAGCAUCUGUCAUGGAUUGCACCGCUCCAAUGUCCCGACAUGAAUUGGGGUCCCGAUCAUCCCCUAAGACUCGAAGCUUAUGGUUGUAGGUAA